CCUCUCUCCUCUCUGCAACAACAAAAACAACGACGAUGCCGACCAUCCGUGAGAUGAUCUCCUUCCACAAUUUGGAACGACAGAUCUAUGGGAGACUCGUCUCUUUAGGGAAUCCUAUAACAACCUCUCGCAGCAUUUUAGCACUGUGGAUGUAUUUGCAGUUCAUCGGCGUCGAUCUUCUUACCUACAUCCGCGAUUGCAGAGAAGACUCGGUGAUCGAACACUUUAUUUCAGAGGCUGGGUCUAUACUACAGAUUGUCAGAGCAGGUGUUCGUCCGAUGAGAGAACGCCUAGGCAUUCCUUAUACUGGCUCCAUGGCCGUUGAGCAAUUGAACUUGCGAUUCUUCUACUUCAAUAAGGAUGCCAUUGCGAGAGGGAUGGAUUACAUUUUGGAUGGUAUCGGCACAAUCAUAUUCAACCCUGAUAUGAAUGACUCUGGUGGUCUUUAUUAUAACAGGGUCGCACCGAACGCUGUAGACUGCAAAACUCUGCUUAUCGCUUUUCAUGAUUCUGUGCCGAGGAAAGAGGAUAUCUUGGAAUUUUUCGGAAGGAGAUGGGGCCAUUGCAUAGAGGAUGUGACGAUUGAGCAAACACCAAGAGGAGUGAAGCCAGUUUAUGGAAGGAUUGUGAUCACAAGUGAAGCUUUGGUUGAAGCCAUAUUCAACAAUAGGCCCGUGCUUUCAAUGGAGAUCAAUGGGAGUACAACCACUGUCAGGAAGUUCGCCCCCAACUGAAGUUUCAAAGGCUGAACCAGAAUAAAAGCAGGAAGAGUGAAGUUCGUUUCUCUGCGGUCGCAUUUUAAAUAAAGUUUGUUUGUUUGUUUUCGUAGGUUUCAUCAGAGUUGGAGACUCUGAAGUAUUAUUAUUAUCCCAUAUGAAUAUGGGGUUUCUAUUUGCGUGUUGUAAUUGAAAACUUUGUUUGAGUUUCAAUCUGAAGUAUCUGUAAUAAUGAAGCUACUAUAUUA